AUGGGGCUCUCUUUGGUCCUGUGGUUUCUCUGUGGACUUCUUCAGACCUCAGCUCUGCUCCGCUCUCAUUCAGGGAGCUUACAUGACUUCCUGUUGGACUUCUCGUUGGUUCGUCCAAUCAGGACUGAUUCAGCGGGGCGUAUUCUUUCUGACCACGCCCCCCGCCAGCGGAGACACGCCCCCUUGCCCAGCCCUCCGGAACCUGACUUGUUUUACAACCUGACACUCCAGGGGGAGGAGCUACGUCUGCAUCUGCGAAUCAGCACACGGCUCAUCGCUCCCGGCGCCACUCUUGUGUGGGAGGAGUCGGGAGAGACUGAACCAAUCACAGAGCAGCAGUGUGUAUACACAGGCCACGCCCCCAAUGACCAGCGUAUCAAAGCAACGUUGAACGUGUGUCACGGGUUGGAGGGGGUGAUCUUCAGUCCUCAUGGAGACUUUUACAUCGAGCCCGUUCUUCAGACCGGUUCAAUCAAGGUUCAGCCCAGUUCAGACCAGGAACACGUGGUCUACAGAGGCUCUGAUCUGAGACAGACCAAUCAGAGUGCAGCACAGCAGGCCCCGCCCACAGACUUCUUCAGAGGUCUUGAUCCAGGUCCCGAUCCUGGUCUCGGCACUGGCCUCGGCUUAGUCUUGAAUCCUGUUUUAGUUCCAGUCCUGGGCUCUGGUUUGGACUCGGUCCACAGGACGAGGAGGUCCACAGAAGCUGAACUUUUCCAUAUCGAGGUGCUGCUGGCGGUGGAUUACUCUGUGCUCUUGUUUCACGGUCGAGAAAACAUUCAGCGAUACCUCCUGACCUUCAUGCACAUCGUGAGUGAGAUUUACCAGGAACCAUCAUUAGGAGCAAAUAUCAACAUCGCACUGGUACAGAUCAACCUGCUGUCAGCCAAAAAGUCGCAGGAGCUGAUCGCGGUGGGUGAUCCUCAGAAGAGCCUUCAGAACGUCUGCACUUGGUCUUAUUACCACCAGAGGGAGCAGCGAGACGAUCUGAAACACGACCUGACCAUUUACUUGAGCCGGCAGGAGUUUGGGCCGUCAGGGAUGCAAGGAUACGCUCCAGUCACUGGCAUGUGUCGCCUGAUCCGUAGUUGUGUUUUGGUGAUGGACGACGGCUUCUCCUCAGCAUUCACCGCAGCUCAUGAGACCGGACACGUCCUGGGCAUGGAGCACGACGGCGAUGCUAACGCCUGUGACGACGACGUUCCUCUGGGCAGCAUCAUGUCUCCUCAGGUUCAGGCCUCAUUCUACAGGUACCACUGGUCCAGGUGUUCAUGGAGAGAGCUGCACCAGUACCUGAGCUCAUACGAGUGCCUCAGGAACGACCCGUUUCUGCAGUCGUGGCCGGCUCAGCCGCAGCUGCCGGGAUUCAGCUACAGCACAGACCAGCAGUGUCAGUACGACUGGGGCCAUGGGUACACGACCUGUACUACUUACACCGUUCUGGAUCCCUGUAAACAGCUGUGGUGCAGUCACUACAACGACCCGUUCUACUGCAAAACCAAGAAGGGACCUCCUCUGGACGGGACCAGGUGUGGACCAGGACAGCACUGUUUCCGGGGCAACUGCGUGUACCUGUCUCCUCACAUGAUGCGUAUCCAUGGAAACUGGGGGAAGUGGGCAGAGUUUGGUCCGUGUUCUCGCUCCUGUAGAUCAGGAGUCCAGUUCAGGACCAGGACCUGCGACAACCCGAGACCGGCCAAUGGGGGGCGCAUCUGCUUUGGGAACAGCUACGAAUUCAGACUCUGCAAUCGAGAAACACACUGCCCUCCCCACACGGACUACAGAGCGGAGCAGUGCAAAGUGUGGAACCCGUUCUUUGAGCACAAUGGCACCAAACAUCACUGGCUCCCCCUGCAGCACCACGACCCUGACGAGCGCUGUCGGCUCUUCUGCGUCUCCAUGGAAACAGGAGCUGUGGUGGACAUGGGCAGAGUGGUGCAUGAUGGGACUUUGUGUUCUUAUGAAGAUCAGCACAGUGUGUGUGUGCGCGGGGACUGUGAGCAUGUAGGUUGUGACGGACAGAUCGCUUCAGACAAAGAAGAAGAUCGAUGCGGCAUCUGCGGCGGUGACAACUCCAGCUGUCGAGUCAUCAGGGGAAACUACAGCAGGAGCGCCCGCAGGGAUGGUUUCCUCAAAAUGCUGGAGAUCCCCAAAGGAGCACGCCACCUACUGGUGCAGGAGUUCAAGUCCACACCACAUGUACUCGCGGUGAAGAACAUGGACACUGGACACAUCUUCUUGAAUGACGAACACCAUCUCCCAGAAUCCCGUUGGGUGGUGGAAGGGGGCGUGGCAUGGCAGUAUGUAAAUGAGGGGGCGGAGUCUCUGCAGACGUCUGGCCCCCUGAGCUCCAGUGUCCUGCUCAUGGUGCGCUCCCACUCUAACCUCACCGUGUCACUGUCGUAUAAGUUCGUCCUGCAGGAGGCGAUGCGCUCCGCUCUGAACUCUAAUCUGCUGCUGGAGGACGGCAUGUUCUACCAGUGGGCUCUGAAGAGGUGGUCUGUGUGCUCCCAGCUGUGUGGAGGAGGGAAACAGUACACUCGGUUUGGUUGCCGGAGAAAAGCCGACGGGAAAAUGGUUCACAGGAUGUUCUGCUCCAACAUCAGUAAACCACGAGCGAUCAGCAGGAGCUGCAACAGGGAGGAGUGUAGUACUGCCGAGUGGACCGUCGGCCCGUGGCAGGCCUGUAGUGCCCCCUGUGGUCAGAGCGGGUCACAGCGGCGGUGGGUGUCCUGUCAGCAAGUGUCCAGCGGAGGGCAGCAGCGCUCUGUCGCCUCCAAACUCUGCGGCGACAACAAACCAGAGAACAAGAGGAGCUGCAACCGCCACCAGUGCCCUGCCUCCUGGAGGGGCGGGCCCUGGGGACAGUGCUCCGUCAGCUGUGGCACCGGGACGCAGAUGCGACAGGUCAAGUGUCAAUCACCUGAUGGGUUGCCUGGAAACUGCUCUGCUCCUCGUCCAAUCACAGAGCAGCGCUGCUUAGGCCCGCCCUGUUCAGGUUCUACUGCAGGAGAACAGAAGAACGCCAUCGUGAGGUGGUUAUCCCGCCACACAGCAGAGGGGGCGCUGUCCUACAACCAACGUUGUCGUGGUGACCGCUCUGUGUUCUGUCAGAUGGAGGUUCUGACUCGGUACUGUUCUCUUCCUGGAUACAGAGUCAUGUGCUGCGUUUCCUGUGCUAAACUCACCAAUACCACCUUAACCAGCAAUACCACUGUAACGAGCAAUGCCACCUUAAUCAGCAAUACCGUAAACUCAGUCAAACCUCAGACAGUCAUCUCCAAAGAAACGAGCAGGAUCUGGACAUCCCAUAAUAGUCCUGUCCCACAGAUCAGUUUGAUCUUCACUCCCUCUGAUGACAUCACUGCAACGGAGGCUCCUCCCCCUGAUGACAUCACUGCAACGGAGGCUCCUCCCCCUGAUGACAUCACUGCAACGGAGGCUCCUCCCACUGAUGACAUCACUGCAACGGAGGCUCCUCCCCCUGAUGACAUCACUGCAACAGAGGCUCCUCCCCCUUAUGACAUCACUGAAACAGAGGCUCCUCCCCCUGAAGAUGUCAUGACAGCUGAGGUUCCUCUCCCUGAUGAUGUCAUUGCAACAGAGGCUCCUCCCCCUGAUGACAUCACUGAAACAGAGGCUCCUCCCCCUGAAGAUGUCAUGACAGCUGAGGUUCCUCUCCCUGAUGAUGUCAUUGCAACAGAGGCCCCGCCCUCUGUUGAUAGCCCAGACUUUGUCGAGUAUGAAAACUACGAUUCUGAUUGGACGGAGCCUCUGGUCACUAUGACGUCACCCAUCACCACAACUACAACGACCAAACCCAAACGACUGUCUGGCAGAGCGCCACCUGCAGGCCCGGAGUACACAGUAGUGGGCGUGUCCACCGUCGUCAAGAGGAAACUUCCGCAUCUGAGCGAAAAAACUCAAAACAAACGAAUUCAGGAACUUCUGAGAGAAAAGAGGCGAGGGCUGGAGGGGGCGGGGCUAUGA